AUGUCGAUCGAAAGCAGCAAAAACAUCAAUAUUGUCCCAAUUGGUAAUGGAAAGGACAUCAAAGUCCUGGAAGAUGGAGUCAUGACUGUUUCUGCAGCUGGAGAGACUCGACGAAUCUCUGCCAGCGUAGCCAUCGACCCCGCCGCCAAAAGGCGUCUUGUGAGGAAAUUCGAUCUUCGCAUCCUCCCCACCCUGGCGGUCAUGUACCUCUUUAAUUCUUUGGACAAGUCAAAUCUCGGAAAUGCAAAAACUGCGGACCUUGAGAAAACUUGGGGUCUCACUGGGGAUGACUACAACAUCAUCCUUUCCGUCUUCUUAGUCCCAUAUAUGCUCACAGCCCCCUUCCUCGGUAUCGCGGGCAAGAAGUUUGGUCCAAGCAGGGUUCUGCCUAUCAUGAUGCUCAGCUUUGGCUUCUUCACACUGAUGGUGGUUGCCGCCUACAAUUUUGCUGGUCUUCUUGCUUUGCGAUGGUUUCUCGGAAUGGCAGAAUUGGCCUCCUUCCCUCUGGUCAUCUACUACCAAACGACAUUCUAUCGGCGAGGAGAGCUCGCCCGUCGGCUAGCGAUCUUUUAUGCGGCUUCCUCGAUCGCCUCGGCAUUUGGCGGUUUCCUCUCUUACGGAGUUUUCCAAAUUAAAUCCGGCAGUCUCGCUAAUUGGAGGCAUCUCUUUGUCAUCGAGAGAGGUUGUUCAAUGCUUUUCGCCAUCUUCGCAUUUUGGUACCUGCCAUAUGAUGCACAAAGCGCGAAAUUCCUAACGCCUGAGGAGAAGCAGCUAGCUUUCUACCGAAUCCAAGUGGAUUAUCCUGGGCAUUGA